AUGGUACUCCAUCCAUUACGUGGAAGUUCCAUUGACAUUCAUCCGAAUGCUCGAUGGCAACAAACUGGUAUCACUGUAGCUGGAGGAAAUCGACAAGGCAAUGGAAUCAAUCAACUCUCAAAGCCAUGUGGUUUGUAUGUUGAUGAUGAUCAAACAAUUUAUGUUGCUGAACGAGUGAAUCAUCGUAUUGUGGAAUGGAAACGAGGUGCAACAAGUGGCCAAGUGGUUGCCGGUGGAAAUGGACAAGGAAGAGGAGAUCAUCAAUUGUCUAACCCAUCUGAUGCGAUUAUCGACAAAGAGAGAGAUAGUCUCAUCAUCUGCGAUCGUUCGAAUAAAAGAGUGGUUCGAUGGCCUCGUCGAAAUGGGACAAGUGGAGAAACAAUCAUCUCCAACAUCGAUUGUGUGGGUUUGACAAUGGACGAGAAUGGAUCUCUCUAUGUCACUGACUUUGAAAAAGAUGAAGUGAGACGAUAUCGAAGAGGAGAAUCUCAAGGAACAGUGGUUGCAGGUGGCAAUCGAUAUGGAAAUCGUCUCGAUCAACUCUUUGCCCCAAACUACGUAUUCGUCGAUCGAGAUCAUUCAGUGUACGUAUCUGAUGCGGGAAAUCAUCGUGUAAUGAAAUGGGUGGAAGGUGCAAAACAAGGCAUUGUCGUGGCUGGUGGUCAAGGAGAAGGAAAUGAUCUUACACAAUUGUCAUAUCCUGAAGGAGUCGUUGUCGAUCAAUUGGGCACUGUCUAUGUGGCUAAUGCAGGAAAUGAUCGAAUCAUGCGUUGGCCUAAAGGAGCCACACAAGGAAGUGUCAUUGUUGGUGGAAACGGUAGUGGAGAACAAUCGAACCAACUCCAUUUCUCCGCCGGUUUGUCAUUCGAUCGACACGGCAAUCUCUAUGUUGCCGAUCAAGAAAAUCAUCGAGUUCAAAAAUUCAAUAUCGAAUUCAAUGGGUAGACAUGAACAGAAAGACUGAAUAUAAUAUUUGUGUGUUAACAUAUUAUUCUCUACUUAUAAUUUAAUCUUUAUUAAUAAAUUUCUCGCAUGCUAAUAUAUUUUAAGAGAUGUCUAAUACCCUAUUAUCCGCGGCCUACAAUGAAGGCCACUCCUACAUCGCCCCACAUCUAUAUCUCAUCCGCCAUGACUUUCGAUAGAUAAAAAAUUGAAAGGUUAGGGAAAAAUAUAUUCCCUGCCAAAGCAGUAUCCAUAUACAUAUAAAUAUAAACAUGAUAAAUUGCGAUAGAUCAAAAAAAAUUGAAAAAUUAAGGAAAACAUAUAGCCAUCGCUAGACAUAAACAUAUCAAACAUCGACACAUUGUCAACUCGUUGCAUCGUUACUCCGUCAGAUUGUUACAUCGUUACAUCGCCAGAUGAUUACAUCGUGCUCUCGCUACAUCUUCACUUAGUCAACUCCUCACUUCAUGACAUCGUCACUUCGUCAGAUCGCGAGAUCGUCACUUCGUCACGUCGUCACUUCGUCACUUCGUCACAUCGUCACUUCGCCACAUCGUUACUUCGUCACAUCGUUAUUUCGCCACAUCGUCACAUCAUUACUUCGUCACAUCGUCACUUGGUUACUUCGUUACUUCGUCACAUCGUCUCUUCGUCACAUCGUCUCUUCGUCACAUCGUUACGUCGCGACAUCGGCCCAUCAUCAUUUCGUCAUAUCGUCGCAUCGUGACAUCGUUACUUCGUUACAUCGUCACUUCGCUACUUAGUCACAUCGCCACUUCGUCACAUC